AUGAACACACAUGCGGAGCAUCAUACAAGUUCUGAAACGAAGAAUUCACAAGUAUCUUGUAAGACUUCCAAAGGAGAAGGAGGUGGAUGGAUAGCUACGGGAACAAUUAUAGACCAGAAUGGAAACAAACAGUUUGUUGAAGACCGAAGAGAUGAUUUAUCUGAGUGUUCUCUUGAAGCCGGGAAGAGUAUUAGCGCUAAUAUAUGCACUUGGGAAAAUUUGAAGUCUGACAGACCUUCCAAGGAAGUGAGUGGUAGAGAUGUUACCAUUAUUCUUCUGAAAAAGGAAAUAGAAGCUGCCCUUGAUAGCUUAAAAGAGGUACAGGCUGAGAUGGACAAACUACGUGAAGAGAACAAAGCGAUGUGCAAGUCCGAGCAACAGAGUCAGGAAAGCAUGAAAUAUCUCAUAACUCAGGUCCUUAAUCUGCAAUCAACCAUGAAUAACUUAGAAAGGCAAUCAAAAGUGAAGUUGGAAGCUCACAAUCAUAGACUGGAAGCAUUUCAACGGAUUUUGCAGGAAGCUGGCUCUCACUGGUGCCAAACAAAAGAGCUAAUGGAAAUAGAAUUUGAUGAUGCAAAGUUAGUUGCAGAUCAGAAAACUGCUGAGGUCUCUUGCAUUCUUCCUAAGUUCGAAGAGGCUCAGGAUAUCAUAAAGGAAGCAGAUAUUAUGAUCAAUGAACUGAUGAUAUCAAAUGAAACAAUGAAGCUUGAAAUAAAAAGGCUGAAGAAAAUGGAAGCCUCAGUAACGAGUGACAGGGAUAUGUUACUAAAUGAGGUUCAAAGCUUGCAGUCCCAUCAAUCAUCUGAGCAAUCAACAAUUUGCAGAAGUGAAGAGUUGCUUGCCUCAGAUAUAAAGGAAACAAAGGCUCUGGUUGUAGAGCUGGAGGGCAUGCUUGCAGAGGUCCAGGCUAAUUACAACGAAAAUUUCAUGCUUUUAGCCUCUGAUUUCCGCAGUGUGAAGUCUCUGCUUUCAGACUCCUCAAAGUUGGUUCGUUCAUCACUUGAGGACAUCUGGUCUGAGAUAAUUGUGAAGGAUUGUGCUGUUUCAGUUCUACACCUUUGUCACAUGGGACUUUUGCUGGAAACAGUGACUGGGCUGAAUGCAGAGAACGGUCUGCUUCAACGUGGACUUUGUGAAUCAAGUUCUUGUAUAGCUGAUCUGAGGCAACACAACAUUAGGUCAAAAAGAGAGCUCGAGUUGUGUCAGAUUCUAAAGGGGAAAUUACUGACCGACAUUAAGAACAGUUUUGAUCACAUCACAAGGAGAGAAGAGGAAGCAGGGAAGCUUAAUAUGAAGCUCAACACUUUCGAGGAACAGAUAUCAGAACUUAAGUUUCAAGAGGAGUUAAUGCUGCAAAGGUCUAAUUAUAUGGGAUCUCAGCUUGCUAUUCUAAUGAAAGAGUUCGAUUUGAGCAACUCAAAUUUUGGUGCAUCCCUUCUGGAUCAAGAGAAAUUUCUGAAAGAUAAAGAGGAGGCACUUGAAUCUCAAGCGGAGUGUUUCAUGAUAGAUUGGUGUGUGAAAGACUUUGAGUCACUUAUCUUGACAUCAGAAUUAGAAGAGAUGGCUAUGCACAAAGUUGAUAUGGAGAGAGAGCAUAUCACUUGUUGUGUGAUGCUUGAAGAUUUGAAGAAAGAAUUAAUUCUUUCAAAGGUUGAUGCACUGUUGAAAGAACAGUCCUUUCUCGAUGAAGAAGUUGAGUUUGCACAUCUGCAAAAGGAAGCCCAAAAGGAGAGGCAGGAUUGUUGUCACAGCUGA